AUGGCCGAGUUUGCCACCGCCCCAUGGGUCAACCACGGGUCCGGCAGCAUGACACCCUCACGCUUGCGCUCCUUGUCCCCCAUGCCCAAGGAAGUCACCCGCUCUGUUUCGGUACCCCAACUGCCGAAAUUCACCCAGUCCCAAACCGAAAGCGAUGGCAUGAACACCAUUCCGGACCCACGUGCGGCUACACCACAACCUGCAAUCUCGCGCCAGCACUCAAACGACUCGCAACACCCCGACCUGAGCCAGGAAGUCUCCAUGCUUAGCACGAAGCUCAUCAACGCAAUCAACCACUCGACCAUGCUUGACGACUCGUUGCAGCAGACCAGACACGAGCUGGAGACGGCGCGAGAGCAGCUGGCAGGACUGGAGGCCAAAGUGCAAGAGCAUGAGAAGCAGGUGUCGCGGGGCUUGCUGGUCGAGAAGGUUGUUUACGAUAAGAUGGAGAAGCAACUUGGCAUAGAGCUGCAAGAGGAGCGGAACCGGAGGAUAGCCGCCGAGGCAGCGAAGCGGAAGACGGACAGCGAGGUCGAAGCUCUGACAGCCGCGCUGUUCGAAGAGGCUAAUGUGAUGGUUGCCGCUGCACGCAAAGAGACUGAAGCCUCAGAGAAGCGUGGGGAGCACUUCAAGCAACAGAUCGCCGACGCCGAAGUACUCCAACAUUCCCUCCAGGAGCAACUGCAGGACCUCAAGGGCGUCGUGGAGAAAAUGAGCAUACAUGGGGACGACUCCGAAAGCAAUCCUCUCGGCACGAACACUGCACCUUCCACACCUGGUCUGACUCCAGCCGAUAAGAUGAGCAAACUGUUAGAAGCCGUCAAUCUCACACCGAACACGCCUGGGACAGAAGACUUCAGCCCAGAACACCCGCUGCAUUUUUCGCAUCUCAUUCAUCCUGUUCUACGAUCCGAUCUUGUAGCAUUCCAGGAGUUCCAGGACAUGCUCAAGAUCAGUUCCCGCUCUUCCGCACCGCCCAGUCGGGUAUCCAGCGGGAGCUACGGCAGUUUGAAUGUGCUCGGUCUCGGCUCACUAACGAACCACUCGAGCAGCUCCUUACCAGCAACCGCCAAGUCGCCCACCUCAGUUGGAAACAACUCGCCUCGAGAGUCUUUGACUGGUUUCAGCAUGCCGAACUUGAAGGACGAGAAGUUCUACAAGCGAGCCUUGGUUGAGGAUAUCGAACCCACAUUACGUCUGGACAUUGCGCCUGGGUUAUCAUGGAUGGCUCGACGUACCGUACUCAACAGCAUCACCGCUGGAUCGUUGGUGGUUGAGCCCAACCCUCCGUCAAUAUCACGAUUCCGAAGCCCAGUCUUCCCUUGUUCUCUGUGUGGAGAAACACGGAAGGGCGAACCAUAUGCCCGGAAGUACCGCUUCAAGCCAGCCGACACAGAAGACUCGCAACGCUAUCCGCUUUGUGACUGGUGUCUUGGUCGAGUCCGCGCCACGUGCGACUACAUUGGUUUCUUGCGCAUGGUCGCAGCAGGUCACUGGCGUGCCGAGACGGAGGAUGAGAAGAAGACUGCUUGGGAGGAAAGUGUGCGGUUACGAGAACGCAUGUUCUGGACGCGAAUCGGUGGAGGAGUUGUCCCAUCUUUCAUACCUCUACGAGACAGCCCACGAAGCCCGACAUUUGGCAACAGGACACCAAUCACUGAGGUCACCGAAGCAGAGGAGCGACAAAGUGAGGAAAGCGAAAUGGUUCUCGAACCAGUCGAUAUUUCUGUGGACGGCCCUGUUGCAGACCGCAAGAGCGAAGACGACCCGUUCCAAUCAAAAGACGAAGACAAGGUCAAGCGCGUAUCGAUAGGCAACACCGUCAUCUCGAGUGACCGCGACAGCACGCAGACCCUGACUCAAGACGAGGAGAAAAAGAUUGAACAACAGGCCGAAGAACAAAUCCAUGAUGAAGUCCAGAAGUCGCUGGAGGUGAAGACGGAAACACUAGAGAAACCUCAGUUGCAACGACAGAGGUCCGAUGGUCGAAUCCGCCACCCAAGCUGUCGGUGA